GCGCUGCAGCCAUGGCGGGCGGCGCGCGGCUGCUCUGGGUGUCGCUAUUGGUGCUGCUAGCGCUGCUCGGGCCGCAGCCGGGACAGAGCCAGACGCGAGAGCGCCUCCGCGUGCGCUUUACCCCAGCGGUGUGCAGCCUGCGCUGCGUCCAUGGGCCCACCGGCCCUCGCUGUACCCCGAUCUGCGCGCCCCGCAACACCACCAGCGUGGACAGCGGCGCGCCCGGCGGGGCGGCCCCGGGGGGACCCGGCUUCCGCGCCUUCCUGUGUCCCUUGAUCUGUCACAACGGUGGUGUGUGCAUGAAGCCCGACCGCUGCCUCUGUCCCCCGGACUUCGCUGGCAAGUUCUGCCAGUUGCAUUCUUCCGGCGCCCGGCCCCCGGCCCCAGCCAUGCCAGGCCUCACCCGCUCGGUGUACACCAUGCCACUGGCCAACCACCGCGAUGAUGAGCACGGAGUGGCGUCUAUGGUGAGCGUCCACGUGGAGCACCCGCAGGAGGCGUCCGUGGUGGUGCACCAGGUGGAGCGUGUGUCUGGCCCUUGGGAGGUGGCGGGCGCCGAGGCAGUGGCGCGGGCUGAGGCAGCAGCGCGGGCGGAGGCAGCAGCACCCUACACGGUGCUGGCACAGAACGCUCCCCGCGAGGACAGCUACUCAGACGCCUCCGGCUUCGGUUACUGCUUUCGGGAGCUACGCGGAAGUGAAUGCGCGUCCCCGCUGCCGGGGCUCCGGACGCAGGAAGUCUGUUGCAGAGGGGCCGGCGUGGCCUGGGGCGUUCACGACUGUCAGUCAUGCUCGGAGCACCUGGGGAACUCCCACCGAGUGGGAGCUCCAGAUGGUCCGUGUCCAACUGGCUUUGAAAGGGUUAAUGGGUCUUGCGAAGAUGUGGAUGAAUGCACCACUGGUGGGCGCUGCCAGCACGGGGAGUGUGCGAACACGCAUGGUGGGUACACGUGCGUGUGCCCUGAUGGCUUCCUGCUGGACUCAUCCCGCAGCAGCUGCAUCUCCCAACAUGUGAUCUCAGAGGCCAAGGGGCCCUGCUUCCGCGUGCUCCGCGAUGGGGGCUGCUCGCUGCCCAUUCUGCGCAACAUAACCAAACAGAUCUGCUGCUGUAGCCGUGUGGGCAAAGCCUGGGGUCGGGGCUGCCAGCUCUGCCCACCCUUCGGCUCAGAGGGUUUUCGGGAGAUCUGCCCUGCUGGCCCUGGCUACCACUACUCAGCCUCUGACCUCCGUUACAACACCAGACCCCUGAGCCAGGAGCCACCCCGAGUGUCUCUCAGCCAGCCCCGUGCCCCACCUUCCACCCCUCGGUCACCCACAGGCUUUCUGCCCACCCAUCGCCCAGAACCUCGGCCUGAGCCCCGGCCAGGCCCUGAGCUUCCCCCACCCAGCAUCCCAGCCUGGACUGGUCCUGAGGUCCCCGAAUCAGGUCCUUCCACGGGCAUGUGUCAGCGCAAUCCCCAGGUCUGCGGCCCGGGACGCUGCAUCCCACGGCCCAGUGGCUACACUUGCGCCUGUGAUUCCGGUUUCCGGCUCAGCCCACAGGGCACACACUGCAUCGACUUGGACGAAUGUCGCCGCGUGCCCCCACCCUGUGCGCCCGGGCGCUGUGAAAACACGCCAGGCAGCUUCCGUUGCGUGUGCGGCCUAGGCUUCCGAGCCAGCCCGCGGGCUACGGAGUGCCUGGACGUGGACGAGUGCCGCCGCGUGCCGCCGCCCUGUGACCGGGGGCACUGCGAAAACACACCAGGCAGCUUCCUGUGCGUGUGCCCUGCUGGGUACCAGGCUGCGCCCCACGGAGCAGGCUGCCAGGAUGUGGAUGAAUGCAUCCAGAACCCAGGCUUCUGUGGCCGAGGGGCCUGUGAGAACCUGCCCGGCUCUUUCCGCUGUGUUUGCCCAGCUGGCUUCCGGGGCGCAGCGUGUGAAGAGGAUGUGGAUGAGUGUGCCCAGGAGCCACCACCCUGUGGGCCAGGCCGCUGUGACAACACGGCAGGCUCCUACCACUGCGCAUGCCCUGCUGGCUUCCGAUCCCGAGGGCCAGGGGCCCCCUGCCAAGAUGUGGAUGAAUGUGCCCGUAGCCCCCCACCCUGCGCCUAUGGCCGGUGUGAGAACACAGAAGGCAGCUUCAAGUGUGUCUGUCCAACGGGCUUUCAACCCAACUCUGCUGGCUCCAAGUGCGAGGAUGUGGAUGAGUGUGAGAACCACCUGGCGUGUCCUGGGCAGGAGUGUGUAAACUCACCUGGCUCCUUCCAGUGCAGGGCUUGUUCUGCUGGCUACCACCUGCACCGUGGUCAAUGUACUGACGUGGACGAAUGCAGUUCGGGCGCCUCCUGCGGCCCCCAUGGCCACUGCACUAACACCGAAGGCUCGUUUCACUGCACCUGCGCGCCUGGCUACCGGGCACCACCUGGCCGGCCUGGGCCCUGUGCAGACGUGAAUGAAUGCCUUGAGGGCGACUUUUGCUUCCCCCACGGCGAGUGCCUCAACACCGACGGCUCCUUUGCCUGUACUUGUGCCCCCGGCUACCGGCCCGGACCCCGCGGAGCCUCUUGUCUCGACGUGGACGAAUGCAGCGAGGAGGACCUCUGCCAGAGCGGCAUCUGUACCAACACCGACGGCUCCUUCGAGUGCGUCUGUCCUCCGGGACACCGCGCCGGCCCAGACCUCGCCUCCUGCCUUGAUGUGGACGAAUGUCGCGAGCGGGGCCCGGCCCUGUGCGGCUCCCAGCGUUGCGAGAAUUCCCCCGGCUCCUACCGCUGUGUCCGCGACUGCGACCCCGGCUACAACGCGGGCCCUGAAGGCACCUGCGACGAUGUGGACGAGUGCCAAGAAUAUGGCCCAGCAAUUUGCGGAGCCCAGCGCUGUGAAAACACCCCUGGCUCCUACCGCUGCACGCCGGCCUGCGACCCUGGCUACCAGCCCACGCCUGGGGGCGGAUGCCAGGAUGUGGAUGAAUGCCGGAACCGGUCCUUCUGCGGGGCCCAUGCCGUAUGCCAGAACCUGCCUGGCUCCUUCCAGUGCCUCUGUGACCAGGGCUACGAGGGGGCGCGGGACGGGCGUCACUGCGUGGAUGUGAAUGAAUGUGAAACACUGCAGGGCGUGUGUGGAACUGCCCUGUGUGAGAACGUGGAGGGCUCCUUCCUCUGUGUCUGCCCCACCGGUCCUGAGGAGUUUGACCCCAUGACUGGACGCUGUGUUCCCCCACGGACUGCUGGCACAUUCCCAGGCCCGCAGCCCCAAGCACCCGCCAGCCCUGGUCUGCCUGCCAGGCCACCCCCACCAGCCCCGCCCCGCCGGCCCAGCCCACCUCGGCAGGGACCUGUGGGCAGUGGGCGCCGGGAGUGCUACUUUGACACAGCAGCUCCAGACGCCUGUGACAACAUCCUGGCUCGGAAUGUGACCUGGCAGGAGUGCUGCUGCACUGUGGGCGAGGGCUGGGGCAGUGGCUGCCGCAUCCAGCAGUGCCCGAGCACUGAGACAGCUGAGUACCAGUCACUGUGUCCCCACGGCAGGGGCUACUUGGCGCCUGGAGGAGACCCCAGCCACAGAAGAGACGUGGACGAGUGCCAGCUGUUCCGAGACCAGGUGUGCAAAAGUGGUGUGUGCGUGAACACGGCCCCAGGUUAUUCGUGUUAUUGUAGCAACGGCUACUACUACCAUGCCCAGCGCCUGGAGUGUAUCGAUAAUGACGAGUGCGCGGACGAGGAGCCGGCUUGUGAAGGGGGCCGCUGCGUCAACACCGUGGGUUCUUAUCACUGCACAUGCGAGCCCCCACUGGUGCUGGACGGCUCGCGGCGCCGCUGCGUCUCCAACGAGAGCCAGAGUCUCGAAGACAACCUGGGAGUGUGCUGGCAGGAAGUAGGGGCUGACCUCGUGUGCAGUCGCCCUCGGCUGGACCGCCAGGCCACCUACACAGAGUGCUGCUGCCUCUAUGGGGAGGCCUGGGGCAUGGACUGUGCCCUCUGCCCUGCCCAGGACUCAGAUGACUUUGAGGCCCUGUGCAAUGUGCUGCGCCCCCCUGCAUAUGGUCCCCCGCGGCCAGGUGGCUUUGGACUCCCCUACGAGUAUGGUCCAGACCUAGGUCCACCUUAUCAGGGCCUUCCAUAUGGGCCUGAGCUGUACCCACCACCUGUGCUACCCUAUGACCCCUACCCACCACCACCUGGGCCCUUCGCCCGCCGAGAGGCCCCCUAUGGGGUGCCACCCUUCGACAUGCCCGACUUCGAGGAUGACGGUGGUCCCUAUGGCGAAUCUGAGGCUCCUGCUCCGCCCGGCCCGGGCACCCGCUGGCGCUAUCGGUCCCGUGACACUCGUGGCUCCUUCCCAGAGCCUGACGAACCACGUGAAGGUGGAGGCUAUGCCGGCGCCCUGGCUGGCCCCUACGAGGGGCUGGAGGCAGAGGAGUGCGGGAUCCUGGAGGGCUGUGCUCACGGCCGCUGCGUGCGCGUCCCAGAGGGCUUCACUUGCGACUGCUUCGACGGCUACCGCCUGGACAUGACCCGCAUGGCCUGCGUCGACAUCAACGAGUGUGAUGAGGCCGAGGCGGCUGCUCCGCUCUGCAUCAACGCGCGCUGCGUCAACACCGAUGGCUCCUUCCGCUGUAUCUGUCGCUCUGGAUUCGCACCCUCGCACCAGCCGCACCACUGCGCGCCCGCCCGGCCUCGGGCCUGAGCCCGGGCAGCUCCCGCCGCCCUUCCCGCGCCUGCGCACGCGGGCUUCCUGCGGUGCUCUCACGCCUGCCCGCUUGCGCGCAGGCGCAUAGGGAUGCCGGACCAGAGGGUGAACGACUGAUCGACCGAUGGAAGUGGGGAUGCCCUUCACUGCUCCCGUCACCCCCAGCCCCUCUACCGACGCCGCAGGCCCGGGCCUAGCCCACGGCCCCCUUCAUAUUUCCGCUCCUUUUUAUAAAAGUUUUCAAUUAAAAAAACACCUAUUUUGUACCUUC